AUGGCGCCCCGUUCCAGUAGCCCGCGCAUCAUCACCCUGAGCGAUCUCCAGGGGGACAGAGGCGGCAAUGCCUCCGUGGAGGACUCCAUCCGCCAGCUCACACGCGCCAUCCGCCAAAACGGCUCCGAGUGGCUGCCGACGGACACCCAUGUCAGCUACACCGAGACAGGCGGCAACAACAGUGGUGACGAUGGCGGUGACAACGGCGGCAGCAAAAUUCGAGGGUUUGGGCGUCUUCUGGGGCGCGGUUCCGACCGCGCUACGAGGAGCAACAGUGCCAGGAAAAAGAGCGACAGCAGCACCACUGCCGUCCGCGGCUCUAUCUCUAGAACUAACCCGGACGAUAUCCCGUAUCAACUGCGUUCGCGUGGCCCGUCUGCAUCAAUGCCAGCCAGUAGUAGGGCAAGUAGCACACUCCGCGACAGCAGCGGUGCAUCUGCUCGGGGGACGGCUCGCGGCAGCCGCCGGGGCAGUGGUGGUGCGGCUUCUAGACGGACGGGAAGCGGGCAUUCAGCGCGUGGACGGGGUGGUGCCGACAACAACAACGAUGGCACGUACCCGGUAGCAACUGCCGAGCCCGAGGAGGCGGCAGAAGAGCCAGAAACUGGCAAGGACAAGCGGGAGGGCAGGGCACCCGUUCAGUCUCCGCCGCCUCUCCACGACAGCGUGGCACCCCACCAGUUGCCUAUUCUCGAAGAAGAGUCGCAAGGCCCUACAUCCAGUGCUGUUUUCGUCCCCGUUGUUGUCCCCGGUAUUCCAGCUGCUGCUCCUCUAGCUUUAGCUGCCGCCACAGACCGGCCACUGGACAAUGCAUCGGCGUUUGUCGAGGUCAGCUCGUUUGACUUGUCUCAGUUGGAGAUCAAAGAUCAGAGUGAAGGUGAUAGCGAAAAUGGACAACAUGGCAGCGAAGAAGAUGAUCAACUCAACAUGGAUAUCGGCAAGCUUCUUGACGACGGGGAGGUCUUCAGUGACCUGAACGACCUUGAUGAAGACCCGUACGGCGACGACAGCACCCGCCAGCAUCGGGCUAUCAAGCAGGCCUUUCUAUACCUGGCACAGAAAGACGCGACGAGCGAUCCGCAGUGGCACACGAAUUUCGCAAAGAUUGAGAAGUUUAUCAACACUCUGCUGGGAGCGAGCGAAGACGACGCCGAUAGCAACAGCAAUCGCUACGCCGGAGUCGAUGAGGGACUGGCAAAUGCCCUCGCUGCGGCAGAGGCGGCACUGGCAGCGGAAGGUGGCUCAGCCGAGACUCUCGACGGACGACAGCAUGUACGUCAACAGGCUACCGUGGACCACCCCUCGCAGCUGCUUCUUGGCGGCGUCGACUCGCUUAUGAGGGCGAUUCGAGGGUUCAACGGACACGACAUGGAACCUCCGACCCCUGCCCGUCUCCUGGAAAGGGCCGACGGCUUGCAGAGCCAGGUUCAGUCUCCGCCGCUGCACGAACUGCUGCAGGCAUCGGGGCGGCGAUUCGCAGGCCAUUUAGCAUGCCACGCCGAGGCAGAGCGCAUUGUCCGGUCGGAAGACAUGCAAGGUACACAUGUGGGCGUUGCACCGACCGGAAUUCUCGACCAAGCUCCCACGGCACAGCUGGAGACGCAUCCCUUCACCGUCCAUAUGGGACGCUAUCGCCGGUUCCGACAGCACUGGAUGCAGCAGGCGCGCCAAACAACCGAGGCGGCAAACAGCAAUAGACGUGGUUGGGCGACGCUGCCACCUUUUGAAGGCGCCUACAGUCUGGGACACAUCGGCGAUGCCACCGACAGCAACGAAGACGAGGACGAGGACGAGGAUAGCUCCCUGUUCACCCGUUUGCCGUUGCCCGUGCCCAUGGAGCGCGACCGACGCCUGCUUGUGCUUCUCCGCGGACUCGGCCGUCUGCUGCUUCGCCGUUUGGAUAUUGCGCCGCGGCCGUUUCUCACCGAGGUGCACCGAUACGUAGAGUCAGGGUUGCGUGGCGAUGCCCCGGACGCCUCGCUCCGCUUGCGGGAACGUUUUGAUUUCGAGCCGCAGUCCACCUUCCCGACCCCUCGACCUGUCCGGCGAAUCAAUGAGACCGAGGCUCGGUGGUUGCAGUUUCUGUUGUCCGACUCGACCAACGAAGGACUGUCGGCGGAACUCCCUCGGGGCCCGCACCUCGACGAAGACACGAGCGUCGAUCCCGAUAACGCCGAGGAAGUCCACGACAAGACGCUCGACGAGGGCAGCCGUGCACUGUACCAUGUAUUUGCACACCGCUUUCAGGCACUGCUGGAUGACCCUGGCCGGACAGUGUUCCGCACAGCCGACACGCCUGUUCCCGUGACCGUUUUGAUGCUGGCCAUCAACGGCGUGCCGAGCGACCCCGAUGGCCGAUCAGAAGCGACGGAGAAGACGCAGUUCUGUCUCUAUGACGUGCUGCACUUUUUAGCGCGCCUCAGCCGUGCCGGUCGAUGCCGGUUUGUCCACUACCCAUUCGAAGAGACGCACGGGUUCGUGCAGCGGCCGCUGUUGGAUGUGCAUCCCGAGCACCGUAUUCACUCGACAUGGGUCACAAGAUCACAGGCCACACCGGCGAGUGCGGACGAGGCCAUUGGCGCGCCCAGCCGCUCGAUCGAUGUUGACGCCAGUUGGGCCGAGACGCUGAGCAGCGGGCAUGCAACUGAAACCACGGCUCUGCCGCCCAAUGUGCGCCAGUUUUUCAGUGCCUUGGCAUACCGAUUCGGCAGGACACUGCGCGAGCUGGAGCUGGUGGAGCGCCCGCGAUGGGAGCCGUACUUGCGCCACAGGCGGGAAGGCAGGGCAAACGCCAUGCGAGCGUCGAUCCGCACAUGGCAGAACACGUACCACACGCUGCUGCACCAGAGCGGCGCUCUGUUCGAAGCCCAGGCCGAGGGCAUCCCCACCAGCUUCGCCGACGUCCUUCGGCUGGCGGACCCAGCCAAAUUUGCGGAACUUGAGGCUGCCGACGGCGGGGUGACUGAGACGCAGGCGCGUGCUGUUGUACAGAGUCGUUUGAUCGAUGAGGCUGCCUCGGGUCAAGCGACGCCGCUCGCCGGGUGGCCGGCCACUGCGACCUCCAACGCAAGCGCUGCCCUCUGGGACUGGGCACACCCGUCCAUUGUCGGUGAGGCGCCGCAAUUCUUCCACAGGGACCGGUGGCCGCUGCACCUGCAGACAACGGAAACGGCUGCGCGCGUGGCGGACGAGGCGCGCAUCGCGCUGGACCCGGAACUGCUGUGGGAUCCGGCGAGCGAAGACCCGGCUUCGCCGCAGUACCUGUGGCUGUGGUCGGGACCGAGCUACGGGUACCAGAGGAUGAAGAGGGUCGCGCGGGAAUACCACCUAGGAGACACGGAGCUGAAAAGACAGGUAAUUGCGCGGGACUUGACGAGGCGGGUGGCUGCGGCGAUUGGCAUGGAUCUAGACGCCGAGAGGGAGGAGGGGGGAAACCGAGCAAGGGGGUUCUUUGGGUGGCUGGGGUCGAAGUUGCCGUUUGGGCGAAAGCGGAAGAGAAACGAGGCGGACGACGACGAUAAUGACGAGGGCGAGGAAGACGACGACGGGCAACGGACUGAGACCAUCGAUUUUGAAAGGACAGAGCUGCCUGCGGUCACGGGCUACCCGCAGAGCAUUGACUGGAUGGCGUUAGUUCGCACGCGUAUGGACGCGAUUGCAGCAGAGCAAGCGGACGCAGCCGAGGAAGAAGCAGAUGAUCGUGAUGAGCCAGAAAUGGAGUGA